CGAUACGUCUGCAAAAUAGUAGUUUCGAAUUGGACACGUACGGUCGAUGUAAAAGGAUCCUACCAGUAAUCGUGCUGAUCGAAAGUAGGUAAAGCAGAUCUGUCCGUCGGUGGUGCAGCAGAGAAAAUGAACGUCGCGCGAAAUGUUUUGAAAACAGCGAGAUCGAACAGCGUUCGAAAUGGCGUCGCGUCACCGAAUCUCGUGGUGGGUUGCAGCUAUGCAGGCGCAUCGCGAUCGCCGAGAAUCGACGAUUUAUCCGAUAUCUCGAAGUCCACGGUAGAGAACGCAGAUAAAUCGCACGAUCGAAACUAUGGGACUGCGGCGACGGCGGAUAACGGAAGCGUGCCGCAAGAAGCUCCAAAACCGCGCGGACUUCCUGUCAUCGGAACGCUCCUCUCCUUCCUGUUUUCGGGAGGCGCGAAACGUCAACACGAAUACGUGGACAGAAGACACAAAGAACUGGGUCCUGUUUACAGGGAACGCAUCGGACCGAUUUCAGCGGUAUUCGUAAAUUCACCGCACGAAUUUAGGAGAAUAUUUCGACUGGAGGGUCACGCGCCUAAACACUUUUUACCGGAAGCUUGGACGCUCUACAACGACGUUCGGAAGUGCCGGCGUGGUUUACUCUUUAUGAACGGACAGGAAUGGAUUCAUUUCCGUAAGAUAUUGAAUAAAGUGAUGCUGGUACCGGAUGCAUCGAAUUUAAUGGCUGGACCGUGUCAAGAGGUGGCUGAGAGUCUUAGGCGGAAAUGGGAAAAGCAAAUCGAAACCGACGCGAUUAUACCGGACAUACAGGUUCAACUUUAUCGAUGGUCUAUCGAAGCGAUGGCGGCCGUUUUGAUGGGUUCCUCGUGGGAUUUUCACGAGCAGCAAUUGUCGCGAGACUUCGACAAAUUGGCGAGAACGUUGCACAGGAUAUUCGAGUAUUCAGCUAAAUUAUCCAUAAUGCCAGCUAAGCUAGCGAUGAAUUUACGGUUGCCAGUUUGGACGAAAUUCGUCGCGUGUGCUGACACAGCUUUCGAAAUCGUUCGGCUUCUGGUACCGGAAAUGAUUCGGUUAGGUGGCGACGGUCUUUUGAAAAAAAUGAUGAGCGAGGGAAUUCGGAAGGAGGACGCGAUUUGCAUCGUCACCGAUUUUAUCUUAGCGGCUGGCGACACGACAGCGACCACUCUCCAAUGGAUAUUGUUGCUGAUGUGCAAUCAUCCCGAAAGACAAGAAGAACUGUUUCAUUGUCUGAAGGAGUUGUCGCGAAAAGAACUGCUACGCAAUUCUCUAUUGAAAAGCGUAAUCAAAGAAUCGCUAAGAUUAUAUCCUACCGCCCCAUUUAUUUCGCGAUACUUGCCGGAAGACAACGUGAUCGGUAAUUACUUUGUGUCAAAAGGGGAAUUGCUCGUGUUAUCAAUUUAUUCGAGCGGCCGCGACAUCGUGAAUUUCUCACGACCGAAUGAGUUCCUACCAGAAAGAUGGAUUAGAACGGAAGAAGGCACUUACCGAGGUGUAUUGAACCCGCACGCGAGUCUGCCGUUCGCUUUAGGUGCGAGAAGCUGCAUCGGACGGAAACUCGCAGAAAUACAGAUAUCGCUUGCCUUGGCAGAGCUGGUCAAAUCGUUCAAGAUAGAAUGUGUAAACAAGGAUCGAGUGAAGCUCAUUUUGCACAUGAUUUCCGUCCCCUCGGAGCCAAUAAAGUUGAAAUUAUCGCGAAGAGAAUGAAGAAAAACAUUGGGAGAAAAAAGGAAG